ACUCCAUGCCCUUUCUGAGCAGGGGCCCGGCCUGGGGGAAUCCAUUUAUACCCCUCCCCCUGGCCCACCAGCCCAGCUUGCUGCUGCCAGCCUGACCUCGCUCUCAGCCCUCCUGCACAGACUCUAGGAUCAGAGCUCAAGACCUCAGGAUGGGGGACGAGGAGAAACGCAAUAGAGCCAUCACGGCCCGGAGACAGCACCUGAAGAGCGUGAUGCUCCAGAUCGCAGCCACCGAGCUGGAGAAGGAGGAGAGCCGCAGGGAGUCGGAGAAGCAGAACUACCUGUCUGAGCACUGCCCUCCCCUGCACAUCCCGGGCUCCAUGUCGGAAGUGCAGGAACUCUGUAAACAACUGCAUGCGAAGAUCGAUGCGGCUGAAGAGGAGAAGUAUGACAUGGAGGUGAAGGUCCAGAAGAGCAGUAAGGAGCUGGAAGACAUGAACCAGAAGCUGUUUGACCUGAGGGGCAAGUUCAAGAGGCCCCCACUGCGGCGGGUGCGCAUGUCCGCAGAUGCCAUGCUGAAGGCACUGCUGGGCUCCAAGCACAAAGUGUGCAUGGACCUGAGGGCCAACCUGAAGCAGGUCAAGAAGGAGGACACCGAGAAGGAGCGGGACCUGCGCGACGUGGGUGACUGGAGGAAGAACAUCGAGGAGAAGUCUGGCAUGGAGGGACGGAAGAAGAUGUUUGAGUCCGAAUCCUAACUGCCCACUUAACCCCCACGCUGGGGGCGGACCCAACAGCCAGUCCAGGAGCACCUGACCUCAAUAAAGGAUUGGAAUCCCUAA